CAAGAGUAGACCCGCUCAUAGAAACUCUUUUGGAGAUUUCUGGGGUUUUUUGGGGGGUGGGUCGUAAGCAGUAAUUGCAGAGAUCCGCAUUAAAAGGGGGGUUUUUCCCUCCCCAACGUGCCGGGAAGCUGCAGCCCUUUCCCCCAAAGCAAGGAACAUCCCCUCUUUGAACCAGCUCCACCCCUUACGGCAGGUGCUGGCUCUUUUCCCUUCUGAGGUGGUGGGUGGUCGCCGGCGGCGGCAUGAAGGAGCGGGUUAAGCUCGCUCCUGAUCCCGGAGCUGCGAGGAGCUGGAAGUGGGUCGCGGGAGUGGACUCUGAACUCAUGGGUUGCAUCUGCCUUCCUUCCUCUCUUGGGUGGUGAAACAAGCCAACUUCCGCUUCUCCCCGCCACUUUUUCCUACCUCUUAGCAUCUGAGUUGGUUCACCUUUUGGGAAAUUUCACUCCUCUUGGCACUCGAAGUUGGGGGGUGCCACCUAGUGGAAGAUUACGGAGUUAGGGGUUUGUCGAGGCGUCUGUCCUCUGGCUGCUUUGGCUGUGUGACGCGGGAGUGAGAGAGGCCGCCGCUGAAAUCCUAAGAGGAAUUGGGCCUCCCUCCAUAGUCCCGGGUUCUGUGUGGCGUGCCGCGCGAGCGUGUGAGUUUGUGUAUGUGUUCGUUAAAAGUAAUAUACUAUGGUCCCUAACCGCAGGAUAAAAAGGAAGGAAAAUACAGAUCAAUCACCAGGGUGCCAGAUUCACCUCUGCAGGCAGGCAUCCCUUCUGGACUAAGCCAGAGCAUAGUGACAGUAUGCUGGUGACCGAGAUUAGACACCCAAGGAGCAGGUGGGGCUGUCUGUAGAUGCUUUGCCUGAGAUCUGUGGGGCCAGGAGAGGGUGAAAGGACUAGUCUUCUGCAUCCUGAUUUGGCCUAGAGAUGGCCUCUUGAGGAUAGUGAGUUAAGGGAGGGUCACUUGAAGAAAGCCAGGUGAGGAUUUGAAUGACUGAAUGGGAUUUUCUGCCUCUACCUCUGCCCCCUGUCCACACAUAGAUAUCAGGAAUUGAGGCACACAAACAGGGAGCAACUUCUGAGGCCUUCAAGAUCCAUAGAUGGCAAUUCUAGAAAUAAGACCCACGUGUAAUUUCCAGUUCCUGUAUCCCUCAUUUCUGUCCUGCCUGGUCCACUUGCCCAAGAAAUCACUUCUGUCCCUCUGCUCUGCUAGUACCUCAGGCCUUUAUUCCCUAUGAGGUUUGGGACUCAUUUCUAGGCAGUGUCAGGUUGCCACCCUUGUGAUAUGAACCCAUGUCCCAUAUGCUCCGGAGCCAUCAAAGCCUGUUAUCACCAUGACUUGACACAUGACAUGUUAUUUAGCAUUGCUGAGUUUCAGUUUCCUCCGUUGAAAAGUGAAGGUAAUAAUCACUACUUUGGAUGGUUGUUGCAAAGAAAUGAAGAUAGUUAUGAUUGGCUCCCUAGAGUCACAGGACAUUGCCAUUUUUGCUCCCCUAGGCAGGGUAGCAUCACUUCACUGCCCCAUAGAACUGGCUGAGCCAGCUGAGCUGGGGGAAGACUUGUUGGGGAAGUGAGAGGCUGUUGCCCCAGAGACUGAAGGCUCAGUUCCUCCCGCUGACUCAGAUGGGCACCCCUGUGAGCAGGCAAGGUCUUUGCAUAUGCAACUGAGUUUUGCUUCCUGGCUGGGGGCAGGGAUGUGUUUGGGGAGUUCAAAAGGGCCUUGGUGGUAUAAGGGGGACCUCAAAGCACAAUUGUCUCAAAGGCUGACUCAGCCUCUAUAUCCCCUUCCCCAUGUCUAAGAGGGGACAGUUAUGGGCAAGUGGUGACUGGCCUCUGGGAAGGCAGUCCAGUCUCUACUGGCCACCAUAUUUCCUUUUUCACAACUUUCUCAACCCUGUGGUUUCUCAUAUGAUCAUGUGACUGUUCCACUCUCUAAGGCCUUUACCAGGUGUAGGUGGAGCAGGCUCUAAGCACGGAGGCAUCUGGAGGGGCUGGCUGCAGAAGGGGAGCCCUGACUUACCCUGGAAAGAGGAACGAACCACAAAAAACACACCUUCCUGACUCUCAUAAGCCUGCAUCAACACACUUACCAUAGAGACUCAGGUUCAGUCCACGGGGAGUUGUUGGAGAAGCUCAGCAAGCCCAGGGCUGGACUUUGGCUUGGGGUUGGGCAGACCAUGUGGAUCCUGGUGAGCUGGGUCAUGUUAGUGGCAGGGUUGGUGGCUGGAACACAAUGCCCAGAUGGUCAGCUCUGUCCUAUAGCCUGCUGCCUGGACCCAGGAGGAGCCAGUUACAGCUGCUGCAAUCCUGUUCUAGAAAAAUGGCCUACAACAUUGAGCAGGCGUCUGACCAGCCCCUGCCAGACCCCUGCCCAUUGCCCUGCCAGCCACUCCUGCAUCCUCACCAUCUCAGGGACUUCCAGUUGCUGCCCUUUUCCUAAGGCCGUGUCAUGUGGGGAUGGCAGCCACUGUUGCCCCUGGGGCUUCCACUGCAGUGCUGAUGGGCAAUCCUGUUUCCGAACACCAGAUGACAACCUCUUGGGUGCUGUCCAGUGCCCUGGUAGUCAAUUCGAAUGCCCUGACUCCUCCACGUGCUGUAUUAUGCUUGAUGGCUCCUGGGGAUGUUGCCCCAUGCCCCAGGCUUCGUGCUGUGAAGACAGGGUGCAUUGCUGUCCUCAUGGGGCAUCCUGUGACCUGGUUCAUACUCGCUGCAUCACACCCACAGGCACCCAACCCCUGGCAAAGAAGAUCCCUGCACGAAGGACUAAGGGGGAAGCAGCUCUGCCCAACUCUAUUGUGUGCCCUGAUGCACAAUCCCAAUGCCCUGAUGAUUCUACCUGUUGUGAGCUGCCCAGUGGGAAGUAUGGCUGCUGUCCAAUGCCCAAUGCCAUCUGCUGCUCAGACCACCUGCACUGCUGCCCCCAGGACACUGUGUGUGACCUGAUCCAGAGUAAGUGCCUUUCCAAAGAGAAUGCUACAGACCUUCUGACCAAGAUGCCAGCACACACAGUGCAGGAGGUGAAGUGCGACAUGGAGGUGAGCUGCCCAGAUGGCUAUACCUGCUGUCGCCUCCAGUCAGGGGCUUGGGGCUGCUGCCCUUUUACACAGGCUGUAUGCUGUGAGGACCAUAUACACUGCUGCCCAGCGGGCUUUAAGUGUUACACAGAGAAGGGAACAUGUGAACAGGGGACCUUCCAAGUGCCCUGGAUGGAGAAGGUCCCAGCCCAUUUCAGCCUGCCAGAUCCACCAGCCUUGAAGACUGAUGUCCCCUGUGAUAACUUCACCAGCUGUCCCCCCUCUAAUACCUGCUGCAGAUUCUCUUCUGGGGAGUGGGGCUGCUGUCCUAUCCCAGAGGCUGUCUGCUGCUUAGACCACCUGCACUGCUGCCCCGAGGGCUACACGUGUACAGCGGAGGGACAGUGUCAAUGGGGGAACAAGAUAGUAGCAGGACUGGAGAAGGUGCCCACCCGCCAGGCUUCUCUGUCCCACUCGAGAGACAUUGGCUGUGACCAGCACACCAGCUGUCCUGUGGGGCAGACCUGCUGCCCAAGCCUGAGUGGGGGUUGGGCCUGCUGCCAGUUGCCCCACGCUGUGUGCUGUGAGGAUCGCCAGCAUUGCUGCCCAGCUGGGUACACAUGCAACGUGAAGGCCCGGUCCUGUGAGAAGGAAGUGGAUUCUUCCUACCCUGCUGCCCACCUGGCUCUCAGCUCUGCGGAUGUGAGGGAUGUGGCAUGUGGAUCAGGACGCUUCUGUCAUGAUAACCAGACCUGCUGCCAAGAUAAACGAGGGAGCUGGGCCUGCUGUCCCUACCGCCAGGGUGUCUGCUGUGCUGAUCGGCGUCACUGUUGUCCCAUCGGCUUCCGCUGUGGAGCCAAGGGAACCAAGUGUUUGCGCAAGAACAACCUGCGCUGGGACACCCCGCACUGGGACACCCCUUUAAGGGGCCCAGCCCCAAGACAGCUGCUAUGAAGCAGGGCUGAGGACUGGAGACACACCACAGCCCUUGAGACCCCACUCAGAGGGUACCUGCUCAGGCCUUCCCAGCACCUCUUCCCUCCAAAUUCUCCCUUACCCCCUCUCCCAUUCUCAGUCUCCCCAUCACCAUGGGAGGUGGGGCCUCAAUCUGAAGCCUUCCUAUCAGAAAGGAGCUGUGGCAAAAGCCACGUUACAAACUGCCAUCCCCUCCCCCAAUUUCUGUGGACUGUGGCCAGGUGCUCUCCCCUAUCCACAGGUGUGUGUAUACUUUUGUGUGCAUAUGUGAGUGUGUGUGUGUGUGUGUGUGUGUGUGCACGCCCACGCGUGUGCCUGUGUGCUCGUUCCAAUAAAGUUUGUACACUUU